AUGGGCCGUAGCAUGUGGUUUGGAAUUUUAAGAGAAAGCUCGAUUUUUGCAGAGACUGUAAGGGUGCACGUAAAGGAUGGUACAACGCUCAGAUUCUGGCAAGACUGCUGGUGUGCUAAGGUUUCUUUCAGGGAAAAGUAUCCUAGGCUAUAUAAAAUCAGCACGCAAAAGACGGCUUCAGUAGCAACGAUAUUCGAACAAAGAUGGAACUUUCAGUUUACCAGAUGUUUAGAUCCAGCUGAAAGUAUCGACUUGCUGGAAGUAAAGCAUGAGAUUAGGAUGAUCAACUUGUCGCAAGGGGAGGUAGACGGUUUGGAAGGUGAAGUGACAGCUAGAGUAAUCUACAUGAAGCUCUCUGAGACUGACGCAGAUUGGGAAGGACAUCGUCUCUUAACAAACAAAUAUGUUCCACCGAAAGUUAUCUUCCUAUUCUGGGCUUCGCUGCACAAUUCAAUCCCAACAAGGUAUAUGUUGCAAUACAGGGGAGUGGCUAUUCAAUCCAGCUUAUGUUUAUUCUGCAAUACAGCGGUGGAGACGAUGGAUCAUCUCUUCAUCCAUUGCAGGGAGAUUAAUCAAUUGUGGGAAUACUUUUUAGCUUCUCUGAAGGUACAAUGGGUUAUGCCUCUUAACUUUAUGAUGUGCAUUCAGAGCUGGAGAAUGGAAAGAACCACAGCAAGAGUGAAGAUGGUACGGCAAUUAAUUCCUUUUGCUAUAUGUUGGGAGAUUUGGAACGAGCGUAACAGGAGGGUGCAUGGAGGAAGAUCGAAGUCAGUGUAUGAAUUGGAAAUUGCCAUUAAACAAUGGAUUUUCCUGUGGAGUUCUUCUACGGAAACUUUUAAGAACUAUACUGCGAAUCAGGUUAUAACAAAUUGGGAGGAUAUUAUGAGUCUGUAG